AUGUGUGACGAUCCGAACGGCACGCGGUGGUCGAAGUCGGAGAAGAACAUCGGCAAGUCGCUGCUGCAGCGCUCCGGCUGGACCGAGGGCAGCGGGCUCGGCAAGAACCAGGAGGGCGUCACCAGCCACGUCAAGACGCGGCGCAAGGAUGGCGUGAUGGGCGUCGGCUACGAGGGCGGCGUGCAGGAGACGUGGAGCACGCAGUCAGUCGGCUUUGCCGACGUCCUCUCGCGCAUCAAAAGCGCCGUAAACACGGACUCCCCCGAUAGUGACAAGAAGAGGAAUAAGAACAGCAACGACAGCAACAGCGGCAGUGACGACGAGGGGGAGAACAGUGACAACAACAACAACAACAACAAGAACGGCGGAAGCAACGGUGGUGGUCCGAGUGGCGGGCGGCACGUCUGCAUGUACGCCAAGCGGCACGCGCUCAAAACGGAGCUGCUGCGCUCGAAGGGCGGCGUGUCGUCGGAGGAGAUUCUCGGCAGCGCCAGCAGCAAACGCGGGCGCGGCGGUGACGGGGACGAGGCGCAUGAAGAGGACGCAGCACUGCUUUCGACCCUGCGCUCGCCGCUGCUGCAGCGCCUGAUGAUGCGGGUGCCGACGUUGGAGCCGAAGCGCACCACGACCGACGUGAGGGAGACGGUGCGCAUCACGAAGCCGACGCCGCGCCCGCCAAAAGUCACCGACACGCCGUUUUUGGUGGCGCCGCAGCAGUGA